AUGUUUGUGUACAAGCCCCAGGUCGUUGGCGCCAAACUACAGGAUGAUGACGUCAUCCACAGGGGACCGGCGGCAGGGCGGCGGUGCGCCGGUCACCGCGCGGCCGGAUCCCGCCUCGGCCGGGCCCUGGCCGGCCUUCACUCUCGUUGCGCCUCGGGGCUUCGACUGGCAGCACCCGGACUCGCGGGCCCAAUAGACUCCUUGGCCCGUGUUUCAAGACGGGGCAGUAAGGCUUGCGACAAUCGCCUGCGGACCCAGGGCGCCUCGGGGCGGCCGACACCAACCUGGCCGGGGACCGCCGCCGCCACCGGGGACGGUUGCGACCGGCAGGGCGCUCCGGCGGGCCGGGCGCUGCCGCUGCGGGAGGCCGCGGGGCGCUGGCGGGCGCAGCCCGUCGCCCCUUCCUCGGCUGGGCGGCCAGCGCGACCAUUGCCGGUUUCUAGGCUCUCCGACCAGCCCCCCCCCCCUGUCGCAGGACCAGGGUGGCCGGAGGAACCCCAACCGCCCGGAUGCCCAGCCGGUCGCAGGCGCCGCGCCCGGGAGAAGUGCACGCGGCCGGACGGGGAGGCGCCCACGGGCCCGCCCCCCGGCGAGGGGGAGCAGGGCCGCGGCGGGCACUGCGCUAGCUGGCUGCGCUGA